CAAAGGAACCGAGUCCUCCGAAGUCCACCAUCAUGAGAGGCAUUAGGGGCGCCGUGACUGCGGGUCUCGCCGCGUGGUCAGCCCAGGCCAAGACGAUCUUGCACAUUUCGGACGUGCACCUCAACCUCACGCUGGACGAAAUGAAUUACGGCUUCGACUCGAGUCCGCGGCUGUUGGAGUCAGCGCUGUCGUACGCACGCAGUGUGCUACAUGACCCGGACCUCCUCUUGUACACGGGUGAUGCCGUCGCUCACAUUGACCACAACGAAUCUGUCCUCGCCAAGACCGUCCAAACCGGGUUUUCCAUGGUGCAAGAGUACUUUCACGUCAAGAACGUCACGGCCAUCCUAGGCAAUGCCGACUGUCGUACGGCCACGACCAACCCAUGCAUUUGUACAUGUCCUCACUUGUAGUGCAUAUGUUGUAGUCCACGAUUAUGAGUUUUACGUUACGGACCCCGAGAAAGGCGGCACGAACCCGACCAUUGGCAUGGUGGACGCGCCGUGGAAGCAAGCGUUGAGCCCGUCACACUUUGAAGCAUUCGACUCUCGGGGGUACCUGUGGUACCAGAUCGAGCCCAAGUUGGUCGUGAUCUCCCUCAACACGGUGCCCUACUCGGUCAAACACAAGCCAGAUACCAAAUACUUGGACGAUCCCUUCAAUCAAUUCGAGUGGCUGCGGCGAACGCUCGUGGAAGUGCAAACCAACGGCUCGUACGCGUACAUUGUGGGCCACAUCCCACCCAUCGUCGACUCGUAUGGUGGUGAAUCGCAGUGGGAAUUGAAGUACAUGUUAACGUACCAAGCUAUCGUUGAAGCCUUUCCAAACAUUAUCAAAGCCCAGUUCUUUGGCCAUGUACAUUCGAUAGAGUACCGUGUGCCAGCCAAUGGCAAGCCUGGCGUGCCCCUCUUUGCGUCGGGCGCGAUCUCACCAUUGUUUGGCAACAGCCCUUCGUUCACGAUUUGGAGCUACAAUGCCGAUACCUUUGAUGUGGAAGACUAUGCCGUGUACGCCACCAAUUUUUCAACCUCGGGAGACUCUAACGCACUAGAAUGGACAAAGAUAUUCUCCGCGAAAGCAGCGUACGGCCUUCCGUCGCUGUCGAGCGAGUCUCUACGUGCACUCACCCAUCGCAUGAAGGCAGACGAUGAGCUGUUGCACGAGUACUACCGGCAUUCCAAAGCCGACUCGACGCGCCUGCCGCCGUGCACCACGUCCGCCUGCCUCGACAAGGUGUUAUGCACUCAAACCUGGUUCAGCACGGUGCUACAGUACCGGGAAUGUCUGGAUGAACGAUCUGCGGAGCGCAUUGGCAUUCCACACUGGUUGCACCCGUUCCAAAGAAUCUCGUGGAUGUGGUCGCUUGUGCUGUGGGCUGUGGUGAUUGUCGUCGUAGCAGUCGUUGUGGGCGUGGUACACAGGGCACUCAAGCGCUCAUCGUACCAGACGAUUCCUGGGCCCAAAGAGUUUGAACCGUAAUACUACUCGACGGUUUCAACAAUAAUAACUACUGUAACGUUCGGUAUCAUAUUAUAUUGUACAACUUCUG